CCGGAACAUGCGUAAAUUGCUACAAUCCAGAUUCAAUCUCGCCAAUGACCACGUUUCAUUGAUCUCAUGCUGGAGAUACCCGAGGAGCUUCUCCUCGGCUUCCGCACUGUUAGGUGGCAAUUCUAUCCUAAUCCCGUCAAAACGAGUUGAUGAAGCAUCGGGAUCUCUCUUGAAGCUGGCGGGGAGUUUGGCUGGGAUUCGAUUAAUGGAGAAAAAGCUGUCAGAUCCACGAAGAGCACGCUCCCAGUCUACGACCGCUUUCCCCUUUAUUGAUUAAAAUGUAUGAUCGAGAGUAUUCUUGUGCCUCGGUGACCGAACAUGAUGACAACAGAAAACUAGGCAUGUCUCCGCUUUUAUAUACGUGGACCCGCUUGACCCUUUCCGAGGUGGUAUUUUGGUAAUAUCUUUAGGGUGGCACACUGCCGUUUACAAACACCGUGUGCUACAGCAAAGAGUCGUAUAAUCUGGCAACCCCACAGCGUAUCGUUGAUUGCUUUUGCAUGAAUCGCAUAUCAAGAAUGACAUCCAGCUGCCAAUCUGUACGGCGGAACUUCGGAGAAUAUUUCCGCGACAAAUGAAAAGUCAAUCCUGGAAAGUGGAUCCCAUAUCCUAAUCUGAUGGAGAUGAUCGACCAUGAAUCCAGAAUAGGAAGCCCAGUCGAUAGAGGAUUCACUAGCGUGGUUCUGUGCCGUGGCUCAAUAUAAAGUGCUCAUCCCCGUCCCAGCACUCUGAUGUUACGUAUCAGCCAGACUCUGUGCACGAUGGCUAGCAAUCUGACCUUCCCGGGCCAACUGGCCAAUAUCUCUCAGAUUCCGUCCACGUUUGAGAUCCACGAUAACAGAUUCUUGAACAUUAUCGGGUCUGCUCCUAAACUGGAGGCGCUCCUCAAGAAUGAUGAUAUCCCAUUUGCGCACGAAGCCAGCGUCUUUAUCCCGUCUACUGACGAGCUAUUUUUGACCAGCAAUAUCUUUACGGACUCCGUCACUAACCAUUCGACUAUUGCAAUUUCUAAAGUCAAGGUCAACGCUCAUCCUGUGACCAGCGAAGUUAUCAAAACCACUAUUCCCAUGGCGAACGGUGCUGUGAACCAUGGCGACGGGAUUCUCUUCUGUGGUCAGGGAAAUCAAACCGAAAAGAGCGGUUUAUACCAGAUGUCGAAUGACUCUCCGUAUGAAGCAGAGCUACUCGUCAGUGGCUUUUACGGUCGGCCAUUUAACUCGCCCAAUGACGUGGUCGUUCAUAGCGAUGGGUCGAUCUGGUUUACUGAUCCCAGCUAUGGUUCUAAACAAGGAUUCCGUCCAAAGCCCCAGUUGCCGAACCAGGUCUAUCGGUUUGACCCUGUCACCAAGAACGUGCGUGUCGUUGCCGAUGGAUUUGGUCGGCCAAAUGGGAUUGCUUUCUCGCCGGAUGAGAAGACCGUGUAUGUCACAGAUACCGCGUCUGCUCUCGGUGAUGGUACCAAUGAUCCUACCGGACCGUCCACUAUUUACGCUUUUGACGUGUCCAUCAUCGGCGGGGAACCGUUUCUCACGAAUCGCCGUGUUUUUGCGAUGGCUGACACGGGUGUCCCUGAUGGUAUCAAGCUUGAUAUGGACGGCAACGUGUAUGCUGGCUGUGGAGACGGCAUCAACGUCUGGUCGCCUGGUGGCGUCCUCCUGGGCAAGAUUCUCAUCAAAGAUGGAGCGGCUAACUUUUCCUUUGGUCGUAAUGGCCAGAUGUUUAUUCUCAACGAGAACACACUUUGGACUGCUCAGCUGAGUCGUUCCGUGAAAGGCGCCCUGCUGAAGAUUUGA